ACUGCAAACUUCACUACGUUAUAGGUUAAUGUCAAGAACAGUUGGUGUGUUGUGUUUGCAGAAGUGCUGAAAAUUGUGAUUUUCCAGCCAAUUUUCCAUCAAUUAGGACCAAAUUUCCCUGUAGUUGUCAGGAGAAAGAUCUAAGAAAGUGCCCUAUAUAAUGGAUGAUUCACGGGAUGAGAAUCAAUUUGUGGUGGACGAUGUGAGUAAAAUCAUCAAAGAGGCCAUCGAGAGCACAAUCGGAGGGAAUGCCUACCAGCAUGACAAAGUCAAUAAUUGGACGGGAUCUGUGGUGGAGACAUGUUUGGGUGUUUUGACCAAAUUGCAGAAGCCUUACAAAUAUAUCGUUACAUGUAUGAUAAUGCAGAAGAACGGCGCUGGACUUCACACAGCCAGCUCAUGCUUCUGGAACAAUGAGACUGACGGAUCGUGCACUGUGCGCUGGGAAAAUAAAACAAUGUACUGCAUCGUCUCAGUUUUUGGACUAGCAAUUUAAGUCAAAAAACAAUCAACCCUGGCCCCCAUCCCAAUUCCCUUCAAAUACAGGAUGCUUAAAUAUUUUGCUAAAUCAUCCCUAAAAAAAACAAGAACUCCAUAAAUGAAGAGUAACUAGAGAGAGCUUAUUGGAUCAUUGGUGAGUGGAGAUAUAAUUAGCACAAAAGUCAAUAGGAACUUUAAUAUUGAGGAGAUUCUACUUAAUCAUUAUAGAAAAUAAUUGAAGUAACAUCUCAAUCUUAACUUAUUUUUAUUUUUUUUUGUAAUUAAAUCUAAGUGAAAAUUCAGUAAUUAUUUUUCUAAACAAAAUUUCAAGUUUUUAUUUUCCUCUCGUUUUGUGCGAGUUGAUUCUAGGUAAAUUGUAACAUUUGUUGAAUGAAAAAAUUAUACUAAAGAAUAAUGCAUUGAAUAAACCAUGUGAUAAAAGAGAAA